AACAAUACAUUGGAUUUCCAGGCCAAAGAAUUCAAUUAAUGAUACUACUGAGACAUUUUAAACAACUGAAGUUCAUAAAUAUAAAUGAAAUCAGAUUUGUGAGCUAGAAAUUUACUACGAAUACUAGAUCUACUAUUAAAUUUCUUAUUUAAUAAGUAGAUCUAUCGUCUACGAAACUCAAUUCCAACUUUUUAACUUUUGACCUUGGGGGUGUGUCUCGCCGGCUGAGCCAGCGUCAAGCUCUCUCAUCACUUUUUCCAUGUCAACCAAUGUUAGGUCGAAACAGCACAAAAAAAUCAUAAUUUUCUUACGGUCAAACAUACAGUCAUAAUUUAUACACCAUUAGAAAUUUCUUUUAAAGUAUUUUAAUGAUGUAAUAACGAAAAAUUUUUUUUAUCAAAGAUAAUUUCUUUUUCGCCUCCCUAUCAAUGAGUAUCAAUAGGAUUUGAGUGCACCGUCGUGACGUCACACAGAAAUUCAGUGAAAAUCUGACUGUUUUGGAUGCGCAGAAAAAUUAUGUCACAAAAACAUCAAUUACUAAGUUAUUCUUGCAAAUAAAAAAAAAAGAAUAAUAUAUUCAUUAUCUAUAAAUCAAAACACAUAUUAUAUCAAAAAUUGUCAAAACCAUCGGAGUUACCCUUUAAUUUAUAAGUAGAAUCUAGUUCUAUAUCUAGUGUCUAGUGUACUUUAAUGGAACUUGGAAGCCAUCUAUGAACUUUGACUUUACUAAAAGAAAAUGAAAAUAUUGACUUGGAAUAUCAAUGGAAUUCGUGCUUCAAGAGGAAAGUCUAGCGCUAAAUCAUUGCUAGACUCCCUAUGUGCUGAUAUUAUAUGCCUACAAGAGACUAAAAUAACAAGAGAUAUGCUUGAUGAGCCCACUGCUAUUAUUGAUGGUUAUGAAUCAUACUUCAGUUUUUCAAGGAAGAGAUCUGGAUAUUCAGGUACUGCUAAUUAUUGCAAGAAAACUGCAAGCCCUAACAAGGCAGAAGAAGGCUUGACUGGAAAAUGCUCUAAUCACUCUGAGACAACUGUUGGUUGCUAUGGAAACAUGGAAAGUUACUCUGACAAUGAUCUUGAGGCCCUAGAUGCAGAAGGAAGAUGUGUGAUCACUCAACAUAAAAUUAGGCUGCCUACAAGUGAAGUCAAAGAUGUGGCUAUUAUCAAUGUGUAUGUACCAAGAGCAGGAGAGAAAGAGGACAGGCUGCAUUACAAACUCAAGUUUCUCUCAGUUUUACAGAGUCGAUGUGAAGCUUUACUGAAACAUAACAUCCAUGUUAUAUUGGUUGGUGAUAUGAAUCUAACUCAUCAGAAGCUUGACAACUGUGAAUCUAUUUAUGAUGAAGAUUUUUUGCGUCUACCAAGCAGAAUUUGGUUUAAUGAAAUGCUGCAAGAGUCUGAGCAUGAUCCUAGCAUCCCAUGUGUGGAUAGCUGCCUAAAUGAAUUCACUUUGCCUGAUAGGGAAGGUGGUCACUUUAGUGACAUAUUCCGAAGGCUGCACCCAGAUGAGGAAAAUGCAUACACAAACUGGCACACGACGACGGAACACAGAAAGACUAACUAUGGUAGACGCUUAGAUUAUAUACUGGUUGAUACAGAACUUGCAAAAUUUGCAACAGACUGUCAGAUUUUAUCCCAGGUUGAAGGGUCUGAUCACUGUCCUGUUAUUAUGUCCUUAAAUUGUGAGCCUGUCCCUUCAACUGUUAGCCCUCAACACUGCUCUAAGUUUAUGCCUGAAUUCAAGGGGCAACAACAAAAAUUAUCUUCCUUUUUCAUAAAGGCAACUACAAAGGACAUCAAUGAUGGCAGUAUAGCAAACUCACAAUCAGAAACUUGCGUCACUGACAUUCUGACUGUAGAUGAAGACUCAGAUUCAACCUCAACACCCAAGUCAGUCUCUUCAGAAGCUGAAACCAAUAAAGUACUGCCAUCAGUACAUCCCAGUGCUAAGCUUUCAGUAAAAAGGCAAACUUGUGAGCCACAGAAAAGCUCCAAAAAGUUAAAACCAGACCCCUCAACUAACAAGCAGGUCAGUCUGACAUCCUUCUUCAUCACAUCAAAUCCUUCUGUGUCUCACACACUUAGUGCAAGCAAGCAGAAUAAUGUCAAAUCCACUAACUCUUUAACCAAACAAAAUUGUACUCAAAGUGAUUCUGAUUCACCAACCAACUCUCAAGCAUCUUUAUUGUCAGGCUCUUCUGAUGCUAAGUCCACUAAGAACACAACCAUUAAUCAGGCCUGGAGGACAUUGCUAAAGGGUCCAGCUCCUCCUCCAUUAUGCCCUGGUCACCAUGAGCCUUGCAUCUUGAAAACUGUUACUAAAAAGGGUCCCAACAAGAACAAACAGUUCUAUGUCUGUAGCCGACCUGAUGGGGCACCAGGUAAUCCAGAACAUAGAUGUAAUUUCUUUCAAUGGUUAGGAGAUAACCAAAAAAAACAUUCCAAGUGAUAUUUCAUUAUCUUAUAUGAAUUGACUGUUGUAUUAUUUCUAUGUAAAAUAUAGGCUAUGAUUAUUAUUUUUUAUUUUUUUUUUACAGAACAAAAUAAACUAUAUUUUCUACCAUAAA